CUUUGUCAUAAUUCAUUUUGUAUUUUCAGUGAUAAAAUUUGACGGAUAUUGAGAAAAUAAUCAGUUUUCUAUUGGUGGAUUAGGACUGUCAGAGGGUUUUAUUGAGUGUGGUUUUAUAUAUAUGUGCGUGAGGAUAUGUAUUUAACAGAUGCUGAAGAUGUGAAUAAUGGAUGACAAUUGCUAGAAAUAUUGACAGCUCUCUCUUUCUGUCUUGAUCUAUUGGGAUGAUAGAAAUUAAUCAGCAUAAACAUUUCUUGUGUGAGUCGUGCCCAUGAGUGGGUCUGGGAAAAUGAAAGUUAAAAGGAGGAAUUCCAAUUCGGAAGGUAUGUUGGUGGACAUAUCAGACCGGGGUCUAAGUCGGCUCGAGGUCCCCGGGGGAGAGAGCCCAACAGCCCUUAUUGCUGACAGGAACAGCAUUACACGCAUAGAUGGCCUCGACCACUGUGUGGGGCUUAAACAGUUGUCUUUGAAGAGUAACCGGCUUGUUCACAUGUCUGGUGUGGGAAAACUUCGUCAGUUGACUGUCCUCAACCUCCCCCAGAACAGCAUUGUUGCCAUAGAAGGCCUGAAGGAAUUGUCCCAGCUUCAAUUCCUCAAUUUGUCUGGAAACAGCAUAAAGGUGAUGGAGGGUCUGGGGAGCAACCUAGGGCUGCGAUACCUCGACCUCUCUGACAACAGCAUCUCCUCACUCGGCGACAUUCACCAUCUCGUCAACCUGAAGACCCUGUUGCUGCACGGGAACAUUGUGACAAGUCUGCGAACCGCACCUCACUUCCUGCCCAAGUCUGUCACCAUUCUCUCGCUUGCGGAGAACGAGAUAGGGGACAUCAACGAGGUAUCUUUUCUGUCUUGUCUGCCCGGGCUCCAGCAGCUGUCUGUGAUGAACAACCCAUGUGUCCUCAUGACUGCCUCUGUACCAGAGUUUGACCAUCGUCCAUUCAUUGUGAACUGGUGUCCCAUGCUGCAGAUACUGGACGGCUAUACGGUCAACGAUAAAGAACAGUUGAAGGCAGAGUGGUUGUACAGCCAGGGUAAAGGUCACCACUUCAAGGUCGGCCAGCACCUAGAGACCCUUCAUUACCUGGCCAGUGUCUGCCCCCUCACCGCCUCUGUACAGAAUCGGCCUCCAGUGAAAAGGGGCAAAGUUAAGUCCCUUGUAUCUAGGCUGGAAUCUGCGGAGGAUGCCAAGUUGAGCCAGAUCCUGUCAAAGCAGCGAUACCACCAACAACAGCUUCACACAGGCCCGCCACGCCAUGCAUCCACACAGUGGAAUAUACCUCCCAAGUCUCCCCCUCAAGGCGACAACUCUAAUGUGAGUGAGACUGGUUCACCGUCCCAGCAAAACCGACCCGUCCGUGCCUGGACAGUACACGCAGGUGACACAUCAGCUGGUUCCAACCACAGUCACGGACAAGGUCAGAACCUGAAUGACCUCUCACUCCAGGACGUCACAUCGGAAGACUAUGAUAAGAGAAGCUCAACCAGCAUGUUGGAAUCGGAGACUGCUUAUCUGCCUGUAGACGGCAAGUCCCCUGUGACACCCGCACGCCCUAUGACUGCCCCACUGAGUGCCGUCAUCUCGAGCCCUAGCAACCAGCAAAUAUUUGAGAAUCUUCAACGCGGGGAUCACCGUCCAGCCACCGCUAUUGGCGAUAAUAAAUAUGAUGCUUAUGAUAAACGACCUAUGAAGCCAAUGAAUGCGGAAACAUUUAAGGGCCUGUUUAGGCCAGACUUUAAAGUGUCCCCUCCACAGAUGUCGGGCAAUGAGCCAAUGGUUGGAAUAAAGAAGCAGGUUCCCCCAACAGCCCAGGCUGUGGACUGUGACACAAGCCAAGAUGCCUCACAGAUGGAUGACAUGCCAAAGGAAAAUGUUGAAAACAUUCCAGUAGGAGAGUUAAGUUUGAUAAAAGAUGCUAUUGCAAGAAAAGCGCGGAAAUCCGCUUCAAGCAGGUCAAAAGCUGAUGAUCAAAGAACUAAAGUGGUAGAUAAGAAAAAGGAGAGGCAUGAUUCUGUGAACGCACACACAGGAAAUAAGACCUCCAUCCCUGUGGCCUCCAAGUCAACAGUGUCUCGCACACACUCCGAAUACGUCCCUGGUAAAUAUGGCACAGCCCGUCGUCCGGGCACGAGUGAGAGUGAACAUCGCACCAAGGGUAAAACCAUUAAGUCUAUCACCAUUGACCGGACUAACAAGAGUGAUUCUAAGCGUGAGCACGAUAGUUUCAGGGACUCUGGCAUAUAUUCCCGACCCAACAGUGAUGCUAUACUGGCUGAAGAUAUGAAAUAUACGUCUGCAGCAGUGAGGAUCCAGAGUUUCUGGCGUGGCUACUACACGCGGGAACACAACGUGGACUGUGUGCGUGUACGCCGAGAAAUACGUGCAAGACGAGCAGAGGAACACAUUGUUGUGCUCAGGGCUGAACUCGACAAACAGCGGAGGUUAUAUGAACAGGAGCGACAGUUGAGGACUCUCCAGUUGGAGGCAAUUAGGCAACUUUGGCGAGAGGUGCAGUCUCUCCAAAACUGGAAGACAGAGGUUCUCCAAUCACAGACAUUCGUCACCCAGGAGAUGAAACGAGAACACGAGUACAACUCGUACAACUCAAGCCUGGAGAUUCAGAACACCCUUGCGCGCGCUGAGAUGCUCCACAAGAUGGGCAGCGACACUAUGGCGACACAGCAGAGUGUAACAAUGGAAACAGGGAAACAGCUGGAGCUGGAGAAGACAUGUGCCAGUCUUCAGUCACAGGUGAGCCAGCUACAGGAGGCCCUGAAGUCUGUGUCCAGUAUCGUGCUACAGGGCGGGGGAUCCACCCAGGCGUCUCUAGCGGGCUCCCUGCCCGCUACCCCCCGCGUCAACUCCAGCCUCAACACCACCAACAACACCAACAAAGAUGAGCAGGAGGAAGUCCUGGUGACGGGAGACUUUUCAGAUUUAGAAAUAUCAGAGUAUGAGUCCCUCACGGGCUCCCACUGGGGUGCGGUACCACACUCCUUGUCCCCAUACCCGUCCGAGGAGGAGGACACAUACUUUCGUACUGUGCCCCAGCCUGGCUUCCCAACCCCUCCUCGCGGCCUGAGGCUGGAGAACCGGGGGCUUGCCGCCCUAGUGCUGCGCUGGCAGGCCAGUAAGAUCCUGGGUGGGGAUGGACGUGAGCUUAACAAGCCUGUUAUUGGUUACCGUGUGUUUGUAAAUGACAAGGCAAAGGCCAUGAUAGCUGGGACGAAGCAGAAAGCCCUGAUUGAAGGGCUCGACCCAACACUCACAUACAAAAUAUAUGUGAAAGCAGUGUCUGACCUUGGUGAGUCCAACAGUUCAGAUGUUGUCAUGGCAGCCCUGUCGAAAGGUUCACGCAGGCGGUCAUCUAGCAGUGACAGUAACCGCUCCUAUGACAGUGAUCGCGAGUCAACGAGCAGUGAACGCCCAAAACAGCCACACAGGAAGGAUUCACGGAGGAAUCGCAAGUCUAAAUCUCCACGAUCAGGAAAACAUGAUAAACAUGAAAGGAGUGGACACUCACCGAAGGAGACUGAGCGACCACCUUCAAAAAUGGAGUUAGAAGCAGAGGGCAUUAUGACACAGCCCAGGCUGCACAAACAUAAACGUACCUCGAGCAAGGAUUACCAGAGCAGACAGGCUGAUGACAGCCUGCGGCCCCAGGAGACCCCACAAAGCCCUGUAAUGAGGUCGCCCAAAUCCCACACACAGGAGUCACAAGGCUUCAGUUAUGACGGGGUGAACAAGAGUGGACAGGCUAAGGAGACAAACCAGAGUCUGUCCUCGACAUUUACUAUUGACAGCCAAAACUCAGUGUUGUUUUCCCUCAGCACAGGGGGGAAAUCUAUUGACAUUGAUAAUAGUGUUGAACAAAAGGAACAACAUGUUAAGGGUCAUAGAAGACGACGUAGUCGAGAUAUGAAAUCAGAGAGGAGUGAGGGUAGAGGGGAUAUCUCUGACAGUUCCUCGUCAGUUUCUAGUGCAAUUAUUCAUACCAGGACAAUCGAUGGUGAAAAGUACCUCAGUGGUACAGAGAGUCCCUCUGUGCGACGGAGGCGCUCAAAGGACAACUCUCGUGAGGAUAGUGACACAGGAGGUUUGACGCGCAGUGACAGUAAACGUAAUAGUGCAAAAAUCAGCCCCACUGCUGGCAGUCAGGGUGUUCCUGUGAUUGAUGGCAGAAAAAGGCAUGGUUCAGGAAGUAGACCAUCAAGUCCUGCGCUCAGUGAUAACCUUGACCCUAAAUCCUCUGGGGCACAGGGGGAUAGGCGGAGGUUGCCAAUGGGUGAGAUCUUGGAGCAGAGAUUCUCGGGGCAGAGACAGAGUGCAGGAAGUAAUGCGUCUUCCACGGCAACUCUAACACAGAGUCAGGUGGAUAGCAGCACCAGUGACUUGCCACCACCGAUUCCCAAACGGGACGGGAAAUACUCGAGCCUUGAGAACCUAUCCACACGUUCAUCUCAUGACCACAACAGAAGCCCUACAGAGAGAUACUCUCCCACCAGCUCUGAACGACGACGCAGUAGAAACAACUCAACAUGUUCAGAGAGCGAUAUCCCAGCAAAUUCGAGUGCAGCUAGAGCCAUUGACAUGGACGCUAAAAAUGCAAAUCCCAACCCAAGCAACACCGGGAUAGUUGCAAAACUGUUGCAAAAACUUCAAAACUUUUCAAAAACACAGGAGGACUCGUUAAGAACAACCAAAAUAAAGCGCAACUCCUGUGACCGUGAGGAGCCGGGACGGAAGGCAAGCGGUGACAGUGAGAGUGGGGAUGUGGUUGCGGUGGCAACAGGGAAUAACGACAGUUCUGGGGCACACAGUGAUGACAGCCAGCAGGUCCAUAGACCACCUCACCGCACUCAUAGAAGGACUGCAUCUGAUCACCGAGGAGUUCCUGUGAAGUCAAGUGCGGAGCAGCCCCCAUCCCCUGGCCUCCGUGCGGACCACUCCCCCGUGAUUCGCGACUCCAGCAAGACCCCAACACCCUCCAGUACCCCAUCCACCACCAACAACAUUAAACGUCACGCAUCCUUCCACGGCAUCUUGCCAUCAAAGAAAGAGGACAUUGCCCGCAGUGGUUCCACUGAAAACUUAGCAGAGAAAGUACCAUCAUCUACCAAGCAGCAAAACAUUCAUCGUUCUAGGUUUCUCAUGCAUCCCCAUCAUAGAAAGUAUAAGAUUGAUAAGCUAUUCUUUUCAAGACAUAUGCUUUCUAUAGCAGAGUAAAUUAACUGUAAUAACGGUGAGUGCUGCAACUUAUGUCAACGAAAUGUGGUCUGGGCCUGUAACUUUGCAUGUACAGAAACUUAUAAAUGCUAUUAAAGAUCUGGGCUACUAUAAAGCUUUUAUAAGCCUGGGCUAAUAUAAAUCUGAAAAGGCUUUUAUAAAUCUGGGCAACUAUAAAUCUGGAAAGGCUUAUAAAUCUGAAAAAGCUACCGUAUUUUCUCGACUAUAAGGCGAUUCGCUUAUAAGACGGCCCCCUAACUUUGCCCAUGAAAUCUGGUGCUUUUUGUUUCGACUCGCUUAUAAGACGGUGUCAAUUUUUAAGCAAAUCUAAAAUGCUAAAAUUCUUCCUAAUGUGUAAAAAUGUUCAAGCUCAACGGAUAAUUAUCGACUUUCGCGGUAACUGUUUUUGUUUUACUCAAAGAAAAUGGCGGUCAGCUGUGAGCUCUCUAUUUUGGAUGUAGGUUAAAAAAUAGUACAUGGUUACGCGUUUAAGUUUGCAGGUCGUUACUUAUCGGAAUUUUAAUAAUUAAUCAAUAACAACAUAUGUUUGUUUUAGUUUAUUUUUUUAUUGAAGACACCAAUGAAGUUCUUCGGCAAAAUAAAUGGCUUCAAUAACAUAACUGCGAAAAACCGAGGCAUGAAUAGGUGUUUGUUUAGCAAUAAUGCUUUAGGCAAUAAUUGUCCCUUGAUUGGCGACGAACAUAAAGGAUUCAUAUUCGCAUUGUCAUUUGUUUGCUUAAUCAAAUUGACAGUUAGGUACCCUACAUCAUUCCAAUUUAUUGAUUUGAUAUAUCUGUCAAACUAAUUAUACUGACACGCGCCAUGAGAAAAAAUGCAGAUAUAACGGUACACUGUGUGACGUCAGAGCACGCGCGGUGAAGAGAUUUCGUGUUGUUGUUUACUUAAUUGCCCCAUACUGGUAUCGGCAGACGAUAUACUGGAUAGACAAAUACCCUAUGUAAAAUUUUACUGAUUUUGACUUGAAUCUUUUUUUAAUAUUUUAUCGACUCGCUUAUAAGACGGGUCCCCUACUUUUGGGGUAAAAAUCAGGACCCAAUUUCCCCGUCUUAUAGUCGAGAAAAUACGGUAUUAUAAAUCUGGAAAAGCUAUUAUAAAUCUGAAAAAGCUAUUAUAAAUCUGGAAAGGCUUUUAUAAAUCUGAAAGUCCUUUUAUAACUCUGGAAAGGCUUUUAUAAUUGUGGGCUACUAUAAACUGGAAAGGCUUUUUAAAUCUUGGCAACUAUAAAUCUGAAAAGGCUUUUAUAAUUCUGGAAAUGCUUUUAUAAAUCUGGGCCGGUAUUCUUAAAACAUCUUAAGUCAUUUCCUAACUUAAGUCAUUUCCUAACUUAAGUCAUUUUCCUAAGUUAAGUAUCUCAGCAGUCAUUCGAUAUUAUAACUUAAUAAUAUCCUAAAAUACUUAAUUGUCAUUGAUGUUAUUGAAUAUGCAUAUUUUAUUCUAAAAUCACUUAUUUUUUUCUUUUAAUUUGACAAUGAACAUUUUAAGAAAUCAACUUAAGUUAAGAAAUGACUUUAAGAUUUUUUAUGAAUACCAACCCUGGGCUACUAUAUAAUCUUAAAAGGUAUUUAUAAAUCAGGGCUACUAUAAAUCUGAAAAGGCUUUUAUAAAUCUUGAAAGGUUUUUUAUAAAUCUAAAAAGGCUUUUAUACAUCUGGGCUACCGGCAUUAUAAAUCUGAAAAGGCUUUUAUAAAUCUUUAAAGGCUUUUUAUAAAUCUGGAAAGGCUUUUAUAAAUUUGGGCUAUUAUAAAUAUGAAAAGGCUUUUAUAAAUCUGAAUGGGCUUUUAUGAAUCUGGAAAGGCUUUUGUAAUUCUAUAAAGGCUUGUAUAAAUAUGGAAAACUUUUGUAAAUGGGGGCUACUAUAAAUCUGUAUAGGCUUUUAUAAAUCUGGGCUACUAUUAAUCUGGAAAGGCUUUCAUGAAUGUGGAAUGUCUUUGAUAAAUCCGGGCUACUAUAAAUCUUUGAUUUUAUAAAUCUGAAGGCUUUUAUAAAUCUGGGCUACUAUAAAUCUGAAAAUGCUUUUAUAAAUCUGAAAAUGCUUUUAUAAAUCUGAAAAUGCUUUUAUAAAUCUUGAAAGGCUUUUUAUAAAUCUGGAAAGGCUUUAAUGAAUCUGGAAAGGAUUUUAUAAUUCUGGAAAGGAUUUUAUAAACCUCGAAAGCUUUAAUACAUGUGGGCUACUAUAAAUCUGGAUAGGUUAUUAUAAAUCAUGGUACUAGGCAAUUAUUAGUCAGGAAUGUCUAUCAUAAAUGUGAAAAAAGCUGUUAUAAUUCUUAAAGGGCUACUAUAAAACUUCUGGAAAGACUAAUAAAUCUGAAAAAGGUAUUGUAAAUCUGAAAAAAGGAUAUUAAAAUGUCAUUUUUCCCAUGCCUAUGACAUUUUUUUUUGUUGUUGAUAUAGUUUGUUUCACUAAACAUGUUCAACUAACAUCGCCAUGUUCAUCUUAAUACUAACACAACAGUUGCCUGUGUGUUCCUUGUGUGCAUGUCAGAAAUCAGAUCCCUCUCUCCAUCAUUCCCCUCUUACAUCACCACCUCUUACAUCACCACCUAUGCCCUUAAGUGAUUAUAUAUAUAUAUAUGCUCUAUUAUUAUUCCAUACAUAGUUCUCACGCUAUAUUUAAUUUCAGUAUUGCAACACAUGUGUACAACAGUAUUACUAAGUUUGGUAAUUUAACUUUAAAAGUUAUAAUGUUAUAUUUCUGUAGAUAUAUGUUUAUUUGUUUUCAUUCUAUUUUUCACAGGGUUGAUCAGUAUGUAUUGAUUUACUGGAUUACAAACUUGUUUUUGUUGCUUUGUUUUGCAAGUUGAUUAUUAUUGCUAGUACAUAAUAAUAAUAUAAUGAAUAGGACCAAAAGCCAUUGUUUACAACUUAUGCUUGUAUGUGCCGAAUGUCAUCCUAACCCAGCUGCACUCAAUGUGGCUGAAAGUUGCUUAUGUUGAUAUUUUUCAUUGCAUUGUUGGCAAUUCACUGUUAGUUAAUGCUUGUUAAACAUCAAGAUCUUCACAGGAAAAUGAGACUCAUAUUGACAUACCAGUCUUUAGAGAUGUGCUCUGAGCAUUGGCAUGCAUUUUUGUUACAUGUACAAUUAGCUCUGAUAUAAUUUAAGCAUCUGUUUUAUAAUUUUUAAAUUCUUCCUGACAACAUUUACAGCGAAGACAGUAUUGGAUGUACAGAACUGCUUCGUUAAUGUACCCACCGGAUCCAGAAUCGGUGAUUUAGAGUCUCUCUUGGUUAAUAGGUUUUAGAUGUUUGGAAUUUAAAAAUCAUUAUUAGAAAUGGAUAUGAAGGUCAAAAUCAUUAUCAUAGAAAUGGCAAACAUUAGUUGACGUAGACUUAAAAGAGACAAACAUGUUCAUAUGUUUUGUAUCUGUAGAUUUUGAUUUCCAUAUUUUUGUCACAUUUGGUAUUCAGAAGUAGUAACAUAGAAUUAUAUAGUAAAAUUAUCAUUAUUACUUACAAUUGGGAUUUUGAGUAUGGUAGUACAUGUAAAUACAAUAUUUUAUAUAGCUUACCAUCUUUGUACUGGACAUAAUCAUUUUGUUCUGAGAGGUUUCAUCCUAUCAGGUGAUUGAUGAAUAUUUCCUAACAAUGGAUUUUGAUAUUGAUGGUGUAGUUAAAGUUAUCUUUCCUUACAUAUUUCUCUGGUGAUGUGAAAGACUCAAACUAUUGCAUCCAAUAUUUUUUCUAUGUAUUAUAGCAAUUUAUAUUAAAAAUGCACUACAGUCAUUAGAAGGAAUGUGAUAAAGAAAAAAAAUCCUGGAAUAAUAUUGCAAUUUUAUGAUAAUGAUUUCACCUUG